AUGUCAACGACACUGUCUUUCACCAAUCAUUAUCUGCUGGCAACAGUUACAAGCUCCAUCCCUGCUGGUGGCGAUUUUUUACCUCAUUUGAAGGAAGAUAUGGAUUUACUGAUGAAAAAUGAACUCUUACCUAUGGGUAGGGAUGGCACGCUUGCAGGAGGCAGACGAGUCUUAUGGGAGGAGGGGAUAAAUGGCAGGAAAUCAUCCAUCCUGGAUAUCCUUAUUCUGGGAUCAGGCCUCACAACUGAAGAUAUCUUAGGCAUCAGAUACAUCAAAAGAAAAGAAACUGCGGAUGGUCUACAGUGGAGGCUCGAUGGUGCCUUUUCAGAUCCUGUGAAGAAGUUAAGGCGGCAGCGGGAGUUGGGGAAUGAUGAGAUUGACACAGACCUGGAGGAGAUGGAUGAAGAUUCAAUACUUGACACAGAUGCCAGCUGGUCGCAACAAUCGUUCGAUGCUGGACAAAAGAGAUCAAACCAUCCUGUCAAGACAUCAGAAGAAAAAAGUUGGGAGCGCCUCUUGUGGAGCAUAUACUAUGCUAUGUGCAAUAUCAUCCACGAGGCCAAUGAGGAGUCCUCCCAAUCAGGCUCACCGAACCCCCUUCCCUUCAAUGUCGUCCCAGAACCACGGUACUGGUCCUCCAAAUUCGCCACCACACCUGUUCCAGACACCACUGACUCACACAAGCCUGAUUUAGUCCUCAUGGACUUCAGGCUGAAAAAAAAUGAAUCAGGCGAAAAGACCUGGGGGUAUCUUAUAAUGCGAGAACAGCUGUGGCGCCGUUUCAUCGUUUUUUUCAGCAUUGCAAACCUCCAGCUCCGUGCUCAUUAUAUGGACCGCUCUGGAAUGAUUAUCUCCCAACCCCUCCCAAUUAAUUCCAAUGCCAUGUGUUUCGUCGAUGUCUUAAAUGCAAUAACACUAUCAGACCUACCUUCCCUUGGGUUCGAUCCUACCAUUCACGUUUGCACCGACCUCUGCUCCACUGGCCCUCACAAUGAUCUUCCUGAGGGUAUAGAUCACAUGCCAGAAGGAACAAAAGGCUGGGUAAUGGACAAUGACAGUGAGGUGUACUGGAUUAUGGCCCUUCUAUGGAAGAGUCGUGGUCUAUUUUUGCAUGGGACCGUUUGUUAUUGGGUUCAAGAUCGGCACGGAACAGAGUUCACAUUGAAAGAUUGUUGGGUUGAUGCAGAAAACCUGGAUCAUGAAGUGACACUCCUCCGUGCAGUCAAUGGCAUUCCAAAUGUGGUCAGUCUCGAAAAAUAUUGGGACAUCCAGUAUGCCGGACAAACAGACUGCACAGAGAGGAUUUGCGAACACAUUAGUGAAAACCUUCCGGAAUCACCAAUAUACUCUAAUAAGGUUCAUCGUCGCAUGCUAUUGACCCCUUGUGGGCUUCUGCUGAUGACCUUCAAGUCCUUACCUGAGCUAGUCAACAUUUUUCGAGAUCUUAUCGUUGCUCACAAAGCAAUGGUCACCCAGCAAAACAUUCUACACGGCGACCUCAGUCCCAACAAUUUAAUCAUCCACGACAGAAAGGGCUACUUCAUCGACUUUGAUCACGCCAAAUUCCUCAAAAACAAUGCAGCAGUCAAUUCGUGUGGUACUCUCAUGGGAGACAUUCCAUGUCCAUCCAUGAUCGACCACAGAGCCUCUGACGACCUAGAGUCGCUCUUUUAUAUCCUCCUUGAAUUCACAACUAUGUACGAAGGACCCAGUGGUAAAGCAUCGGUUGAAGGAGUGCACCCUGUCAAUGCCCCUAGGUGGCGCAAGGCUUACCUGAUGAUGGAUGGAGAUGGUCUCGGGACUAGUGGAUCAUUGAAGAAAGAGUUUCUCACAGAGAAACAUCUGCCCUACGAACCGACACCAUACUUUCGAGCAUGUGGCCCCAUCCUUGAGGAAUGGCGCAAGGCAAUUGGGGACGCGCUACACAAUGAAUGUGACUUGUCUCACAAUGAAAUCCUCAAGAUUAUGCAACAGGGUCUGGAGAGAAUUCUAAGUUCACCAGGUACUGCAACAUCGCAAAGUGUUGCAUUUUUGCCAGCGACAUCUGUCGCCACUCCUUCUCCUACUUCUCUUCCUCUCCCUGUGUAUCCUCAUCACCCCACUUCUCUCCCUCAUGCUUCUCUCCCACCCCCUCCUAUUGAAGCUAUGACACAGGAUGCUGUUGCUCCUUCAGCUUCUGGCUCCAUGACACCAUCAUUUCAUUCCUCUUCUCCUCCCCCCACUUCUGGCCCUAUGACUCAUCUUCGACCUCGUCGCUCUGGGCAGAAGAACAAAAUGAUUCUUCCUCCACUCCUAUCAUUGCCAUCUGUUGGCCCAAACAAACUUCCUGGCUCAGGUGCUGGCUCCAUGACUGAGGAACUUCCUACUUCGUUUCUUCACUCAAUGCCUCCCAGGAAAAGAGCCAGACAAGGCUCCCCAGGUGAUAAGUCGAGGAAGGGGGCCAAGAUGGCACAGGCAGAUGUCGAUCCUACUCGACAAAGCUCGCGGUCCACGCGAGGUAUCGGUGGUCAUGCUGCCCAACUUCAAAAAACUGGCGAAACUCUAAUGGCCCCAACAAGGCGCAAGAAGGCAUCAGAUGAUCUCAAUAUCAGCGACUCCGAAGAAAAUCCAAUGGCUCCUUCACAACUCAAGGGACGCAAGCAAAAAGUUGCAGCCAGCACUCCAAAGAGUUCUGUUGAGCCCAAUUCUUCACAGCCAGAGAGUGAACACGCUCGUCUCCACAUAGCCUGCCCUUCAGAUAGGUUUGGUUUCAAGCCAUCCCAGUCCCAGGCAACCCAUCCCAUCGGUCAUAAUCACGAGGUAGCUGGUAGCGAAGUCGCAGAGGAGGAUUUGGAAGAUCGUAGUGGCUUGGGAGACUUGGAUGAUUUUGAUGAGUGGGGGAAGAGUGGUGAUGGUGAUGACCUGAUGGAAUUUGAUGAAACCAAGCCUGGACGCAAGGAUGAGCGUACAGAUACGAUCCCUUAUGAUGUCCUUAAACAUCAUCAAAACUCUCGUGGCCACACUCUGACACGUAACACCCGUUCAAAGUCUCCUUGCCAAUAUUCACACAAACAUAUGCCUCGUCGUCGGUCCCCUGAGACACAUACUUCUUCCACUCACCUCAAGCCUCCCCAGCGUGCACCUCGAAAAGGGCCAUCUGCAAAGGCUGGUUCUGCCCAUGGUCUCUGCAUUCAAGCAGAGGUCAUGAUCUCACCUCCCGUGGACCAUCUCCUCAUCGAUGCUCCCCAACUCGGUCAACAACUGUUUUUUCUCACUCAAUGUCUCCACAUUCAAGCAGGGGUCAUGAUCCAACCUCCCGUGGACCAUCUCGUCGACGCUCCCCAACUCAGUCAACAACUGUCUUUACUCGCUCAAGGUCUCCGCGUUCAAGCAGGGGUCAUGAUCACACUUCCUGCAGACUGUCUCCGCGGCGAUUCUCCCCAACUCAGUCAACAACUGUUUUCACUCGCUCAAGAUCUUCACAUCAGAGUGCAUCCAGUGGAUCAUCUCCUGGACAUUCCUUGUCGCGGCUACCACAUAGGCGAGCCCCUCGAUCCAAUCACUUGUGUUCUGAUACCCCUGUUCCAAGCCAUUCUCACUCCUGUACUCAUAGUCCCAUGCCUGAAUCAAGGCUAUUUCCCACAGUACAGUACACAGAUGUCACGCCUCCUUUGCAACGACUUAUUCACAUUUCGCACCGAGCUCAAGAAAAUCAUCAUAUCUAUUGUGAAACAACUCUACAGUAUCUUCCCCAAAGCCAAUGUGGGGCAGAAGGACGCCAUACAAUGGCAUGUUGCUGAAGCAGCAUCAAAGUUGAUCAAAUCUGGCAACUAUCUUCGAUUGCCUGACUCAUCAUCAGGCAAGUACAAGAAUUUCGUUUCGCAAGUACUCAAGGACGCAUGUAUCGACUUCUACUACGGUAAUGGCAAAAAGGCCCUCAAAUUGACCGAAGAAUUCCGCAAAAUGAUCCCCGUCAAUGCACUCAUUCUCGUCAGCGUGGUCGCGAAGGGUAUUCUAACUGGGUUCCGCGACACUGGCACCGACAAAUCAGUUGACACACUGAUGACGAAUCCCAAGCGUCGUCAGGAAGUGGAAAGUAUGCUAGAGGAAUGGGCUGAUGUGGGGAUGAUGGGUGAGCUUCAGGACGAUUCUGACAGUGCGGCAGGCAGCAACGAUAUCAACAUCAUUUUAUAG